AUGACGGUGACCACUAACUUUUCGAUGAUGCGACCCUGCUUCACUGGAUACCCCUUUCAAGAUUUGGGAUCGAUACCAGGUCAGGGGCGCGUCAAUCAGCUCGGCGGCGUCUUUAUAAAUGGACGCCCGCUACCGAAUCACAUUCGUCUGAAAAUCGUCGAGAUGGCUGCUGCGGGUGUCAGGCCUUGCGUUAUUUCAAGGCAGUUGAGGGUGUCGCACGGUUGCGUCUCGAAAAUUCUAAAUCGAUACCAGGAAACAGGAAGCAUCAGGCCGGGGGUGAUCGGCGGUAGCAAGCCGAGAGUAGCCACGCCGGAAGUCGAGGCCAGAAUCGAGGAAUAUAAGCGCGACAAUCCGGGUAUAUUCUCCUGGGAGAUUCGAGACAGACUCAUCAAGGAAGGAAUCUGCGACAGGACCAGCGCACCGAGUGUUUCUGCGAUCUCCAGGCUCCUCAGAGGCCGCGAUCCCGAAGACGAGACGAAACUCGGCGAUGGCAAAACUAGUUCCGGAUCCGACUGCGAGAGCGAGCCGGGAAUCCCGUUGAAAAGGAAGCAGCGUAGAAGCAGAACGACCUUCACUGCCCACCAACUGGACGAGCUCGAAAGAGCUUUCGAGAGGACCCAGUACCCGGAUAUAUACACCAGGGAGGAACUAGCGCAGAGGACCAAGUUGACGGAAGCUAGGAUCCAAGUUUGGUUUAGCAACAGAAGAGCCAGACUCAGGAAACAGUUGUCGUCGACCACGUCUGGCGGUUACGUCAGUUCGGUGGCUUAUCCCACGGCCUCCUACGUUCUUCAUCCCCCGGGGGCGCCUCAUCCUCACGCUGCAGCUACAGUUCCUCCAAGUCAUCCACACCCCCAUCCUCAUGGACAGUCUCUGCCAGACACUACGUUCUCGUCCAGCCAAGUUCCAGAGCUAUACUCCUCGCAUCACAGCACGAUGUCUCAUCAGCUGACGCCGGAUUCGGCUCGUUUACCUUCUUCCGUCGGUUCUACUGCUAGUUACGGUUUGCCACCAUCGGUAACUUACCCAAGCUCGCUUUUACCUGCAACGUCCUCGACCAGUAUGAGCCACAUGACCCACCAGGGAUCACCUGUGGCACCUGCGUCUUCGUCGGCUUACCAGCAACCCAGCAGCCAUCAGCUACCACCGACCCCCAACUCGUUGGUGACUAUGAUGGGACCAAAUUCAGGCAACUCGAACCCAUCGUCCGAUCAGUUGACCUCCUCGGAUCUUCCGAUAAGCUCGGUGUCGCCGGUGCAGCAGCAGCAGCAGCAACAACAACAACAAACUAGCCAAGGUAACACAUCGCCCUCGUGGAACCUUCCAAUCUCCAGCGGUAGCAGAAUCGGACUGCCCAGUCCACCCUCGAGCCUACAACAACCCCACGUGCACCCCUCUCAUCCCCAUCAGGCUUUCGCUAGCCAUUAUAGCGCUCAGAGUUUUCAGCAACCCCCUAGACCAGCACCUCACCAACCUUUUUAUAGUUGGUACUGAGAUGACGCGUAUGUCCAAAUACAGUGGAACCUUGGUUAACAGGCUUCAUCCAAAAUCGAAAUAGUCGAAUGGUGGAAUAUCUUAUAACGCAACUCUGCCAACUGACUUGGUUCGAAACAGUUCGAACAGUCUCGUUUUCUUUCUUAUGCAUUCAGAGCUCUGAGUACUCGUAUUUAAACCCUCAAUUGAUAGAAUGUAAUCAUUGCAAUAAAUUUUGACAGUAUUGGAAAAUGAACCAGCAUACAUAAAAGUACGAAACUGCAGAACAUCGAGGCAGAUAAUUAAUUAAUUUACAUGCAAAG